AUGUUACUGUGGAACACUAAGAUCCGGUCGAGGGGCGUGAUUCAAGAAGCCAAAACUCAAGCAUUCAUAAACAUAUCCACCCAAAGUUCCAAGAUUAUCAUCAGCUCCCUCGUCAUGGAAAUCCCAAGGCUGUUCAUAAUUGAAAUCCCGUAUACCUUCCUUGAUAAUGCGCUCAUGUGCUGUCCAAGCAUCAAAAGACUAUCUGAUGAUGCUGGUCAGGUCAUGUCUUCCGUUGAUGAAUUCCCAUCGCUUCCACCCUGCGACAUGUGGGUGUAA